AUGCUCUCGCUCAUUAGGCAUAUUUCACAGAGAGGUUUUGCAGCAUCUACUGGAUUUCCACUCACUCUCUCAAGCAAGUUUGUGUCGUGGAUUUGGUCCAUGAUGGAGAUGCCUGGGGGUUUACUUUUGCUCCUAAUUUUGCAGUUUUUUACAGACAACACUUCAGGGACACUUGUCUCCAGCUGUGAUUCAUGUCACACUGAAUCCAUGUGCCAGGAGUCACUGGAAAGAGGAGACACGUUCAGUGGCCCGGUCCUCUCUUGUGUCUGUAAAGAUGGCUUCGUAGGCGACGGUCUCACCUGCUACGACACAAAACUCUGCAGUGACUCUUCGUGCUGUAGCCAAGGUUAUCACUGGUCCCAAGACAGCGGCUGUGUUGAAACUGACGAGUGCUCCCUCCCAGACCCACCGUGCGCACCGCCUCAGGUGUGCCACAACACACCAGGCUCUUUCAUAUGUAUUGAGCCUUCCUCCACCGCCAGAUCUGGGCCCUCUUCCAAAUCUGUCCAGUUCAGGUGUAGAAACACUGUUUGUCCUAAGGGCAUGGACUGCAUCAGUAAAAAUGGGGUCGCCAGCUGCGCUGACCCCUGUGAGCUCUACACUGAGCUGCACAAUGACUGGCGUUCGGCAGAUAACAAAAUGAAUCCGAAACCACGCUGUGACAGAGAUGUUAACUGGCAAGGCUGGUAUCGUCUGUUCCUGAAUAAAACCAGUGCCCAUGUUCCUGAGAGGUGUGUGGAGAGAAAAAGGUGUGGAACACAAGUUCCCCUAUGGAUAACAGAGCCUCAUCCAACACAGCCUGGAGUGAUUGUUAAUCGGAAUGUAUGUGGUAACUGGCUCUCCGGCUGCUGCUCUUAUACAACGGACAAAAUCAAUGUCAAACUCUGCAAUGGAAACUACUACGUCUACAAACUGGUGAAGCCGAACAUAUGCUAUCAGGCCUACUGUGCAGGUACUGAAAAGGUGGACAAAACAGACGUUGUAGUUCCUUUGACCACUCCUAGUCCAGGACAGCAAGGCACCUCUAAAACAGCAGCAGUGCACCACACCACAGUUUCACCAACCACAUCUGAUCCAGGAUCUCAGACCUUCACCUCUGCUGCACUCACAUCUGACACCCCUGUUACAACAGCAGCAGUGCCCCACACCACAGAUUCACCAACCACACCUGAUCCAGGAUCUCAGACCUUCACCUCUGCUGCACUCACAUCUGACACAUCUGGAACAACAACAGCAGUGGACAACACCACAGGAGUCGAGGGACAGGUCCGCCUGGCCAAUGGAGGAAACAGCUCCUGCUCUGGCAGAGUAGAGAUCUUCCUCCGUGGACAGUGGGGGACGGUGUGUGAUGACCAGUGGGACCUGGUUGAUGCUCAGGUGGUGUGCAGACAGCUGGGUUGUGGCAGGGUCCUGUCAGCACCACGAAGUGCACGGUUUGGACAGGGCAGUGGACCCAUCUGGUUGGAUGAUGUUGUUUGCUCCGGCAGCGAAUCACAGCUGACAGACUGCCAGCACCGAGGGAUUGGAUCUCACAACUGUGGUCACAGUGAGGAUAGUGGCGUCGUCUGUGAAGUCCAGCGCCCUCCACUCCAGCCUCCUCAGCUCAUCUGUGGACGUGAUAAAAUCCAAAUGGGGCUAAAUAUGGCUGCCAUAACAGCCAUGGGUUUGAACCCACUCUCCGGAAACCUGGCAGUUCGCAACUGCUCCUGGGUCAGAAUGCAUAAUGAUGUAGUUUGGUACGAGGUGGACGCUCAGGCAGGUGCAUGUGGAAACACACUGAUGACCAACCGUACACACGCCAUCUACUCCAACAUUUUAUUUCUCACCCGAGGAAAUGUGUCCUUCUCACGUCCUGUGAGUUUUCCCUUCUCCUGUGCGUAUCCUCUCGACACAGACACCAGCAUGAAUGUGGCAAUCAGACCAGUGCUGCCAACUGCAGUUGGCCUCUCAGGCUUAGGAAGCAAAGCUCGAGCCUCCAUGUCUCUGUUCCGCACCUCCAACUUCACUCAGCCUUAUCCAUCUGGCUUGAUCACGCUCCCUGUGGGCUCACCUCUGCAUGUGGGCGUCUCUGUAUUAGUCAGAGACCCAAGCUUUGUAGUUGUCCUGGAGAACUGCUACGCCUCUGACUCAUCAAACCCCAAUGAUACUGCACGAUACUUUUUCAUCCAGAACAAGUGCCCCACUGACCGACAGCAAGUGGAAGUGAUCGAGAGCGGCUCAUCCCGACAGGCUCGGUUCUCCUCUCUGUUUUUCCUGAUCCACGGUGAAUACAGUAACAUUUACCUUCACUGCAGCCUCAGCCUGUGUGACCAGAGGAGCUCCAGCUGUGCCCCAUCUUGCAGAAGGAGGACAUCUCGCUCUGUUUCCAGCUCUGCUCCUCUGAAGCCCCUCACCAUUGGACCAAUCACUUGGUCCAAGUCACCUGAGUGAGCUGGAAACUUAUCGUCAUAA